AUGGGCGAGAUCGUGAGAGCGAUGGAAUUGUUUGUUGGAGUAGGGAUUGAAGGGGUGGAUGGAUUGCUGAGUGAGGUUGCAGUGGGAAAGGCUGGGACGGCGGAGCAACAGCAAAGAAAUCCUUUCAUUCAUAUUCAUGGUAAUGUAACACGUACAAAUCUUAUGCUCGGAGAACCUCCGUCCAGCAUAGCUGCUCGUACGUCAUGUCGGAGUGUCAUGGAAAAACAAAUGUUACUUCUAGAAGGAUGGAAUAGGCUUGAGGGUUAUAAUACGUGCGUGGCAGUCUAUGCACGAAAUAGAAUAAACGUCAUCAACGAGAAGAAUCAGUCGGUAAUGUUGUCUGUUCCGCAAAAUUCUCAGAAUAAAGCUUCCUCGACGAGGCGUUCAAAAGUUGUCCUGACACAUGGUCGAAGCUUAAUGGAUUGGAUCAAGUUGACUUCAUCCAGAAGUACUGAGAGGAAAAUAAAUCGAGGUAUUGAUCAUGAUGAACUCACUAAACAUGCAAGUGUUAAUGAUUGCUGGAUUUUAAUCGGUGAAAGGGUGUAUGAUGUGACAGAUUAUUUGGCAUUUCAUCCUGGUGGUGCUGAGCAGUUAAUGCGUGCCGCUGGUACGGAUGGUACGAAUCUUUUUAACAUGACUCAUGCUUGGGUUAAUUAUGACACAAUCUUGAAAACGUGCUUUGUUGGAAUUUUCAAUGGCGACAGAUAUAAAUUAUCCGAGCCGAAAGCAACGAAUUUUAUUGAAGAAACUGAUUCAUAUAUUGCUAAUUUCGAAACAGCUGGAGUAAGAGCGGAAGUUAAUUUUGACGGUCAAUUACGAAUAAGUUGUCCGAAGUGGGAUCAGCUGAUGGACGAAAAUGUAUCCAUAGAAUUCACGGAGAAUGUACUAAGAUUGCUGUUGCACUUUUCCGCCGGCAAAACAAAAGCAUUACAAUGGACAAACUUACCAUCCACUAUUUUUGAUAAAUCUUUUGAUGUAAAUAUUAACGGCCCAACAAUAUCUUUAUCAUAUAAAGAAAUUGGUGAAGAUAUCAUUAAUCAGUGGACUUCAGGAUCGUAUCAUUAUAAACCAGUACUCAAAUACCGAAAUUGUGAAAUAUUUAAAAUAUAUGAUGUAACAUACAAUACCGGUUUAAUUGUUUUGCGAAUGACGUCUCAUUGUCGUUUAAUGGUUCCUGUAGGACAUCAUGUUCUGUUGCGGAUCGGCGUUAAUGGAAGUUUGAUCGAACGUCCAUAUACUCCGGUCAUUGUAUCGAAAGAUGGGCAAUUUAUCUCAUUUAUGAUAAAAUUCUAUGAGAACGGUAUUUUUACACCAAGAUUGCGCAAUAAAAAAUGUGGAGAUUUGAUCGAAAUUAGCGAUCCAUUAGGUUGUUUUAAUAUUCGGUUCGAUUGUGCUGGUAUAAUGUUAAUGUUGGCAGCUGGAACAGGUUUAACGUCCAUGAUUCGAUUUACAGCUGAACGUCUAAAAAGUAAGAAAAAAGCAACUAUAAUCAUCUUUAACAGAAAGGAGAUAGAUAUUAUGCCAGAUGACUAUUUUACGAAGUACGAAAUACCGCUGAAUCAUCCUUUGAUAGAAAUAAAACAUUGUUUAAGUGAAGCUGAUCAAGAAUGGAACGGCGAGAGAGGUAUUAUUUCGAAACAGAUACUUUCAAAAUACAUUGAUGAAAAUGUCGAAAAAACCGCUUAUCGAAUAUUGAUUUCUGGGCCAAAUCUUUUUGUUGAUCUUGCAACAAACUUCACAUCAGGAAUGGGUCAGUUUCUAUCCACAACUUCGUCAAUGGAUGAAGAAACUAUUCGAGAGGAAGUGAAACAUUUUCCAGUAGUUAUCUUCACAAUGCCGAGAUGUCCAUAUUGUCUAAGAGCUAAACAGCUUCUAGACAGCGAACGGAUCGAAUAUAAAGAAAACAAUUUGGAUGUUCAUCAGAUGGACUUGUUGCCUCCAUUAAAAAUUGAUGACGAAGAAGUAGAAGAAAAGAAGUUGGAGAAUGUUAGUGUUAAAUCUUUGUCAUCCUUGACACGUGCUGACAGCUACAAUGACGAUCCAUUCCUGAAUGUCGACUUUUGUAGUUUCAAAUUACACCGCUUAUUAGGGAGAGGGAGUUAUAGCGAUGUAUGGAAGGCACAAUGCAAAGAAGUAACAGUAGCUUUAAAAGUUAUCCAUUCAACUGAUGAAGUUCUUCGAGGAAUCUUUUAUCACGAGGUGGAAAUGAUGCGAAAUUUGGUUCAUCCAAAUGUGGUCCAAAUUAUGGGUGCAUGUGUUUAUCCGGUAUAUGCUAUAGCAAUGGAAUACAUGGCAUGUGGUUCUCUUGAUCAGUUGCUGCAUGAGUCAGAAAAUAUAAGUUAUAAGGCAGAUCAUGCAUUUCAUUGGGCGUCACAAUGUACUGAUGCGUUGGCGUACAUACACCGGAAAGGAUUUGCGCAUGGUGAUCUAAAAACUGCCAACUUACUGCUUAGUGACAAGUGCCGUUGUCUCAAAGUUGGGGAUUUCGGCACGAUGGUGUAUAUGAAUACCGAUACACAGUAUAGACAAGGGUCAGCACCAUGGAUGGCUCCUGAGAUCUUUACUGGUUCGUCACCUUCGGAACAGUCAGAUAUUUAUAGCUUUGGAAUUAUCCUUUGGGAAAUAAUUACACGAAUGAGGCCGUAUGGUAAUUGUAAAAAUGCCGAAGAAAUUUUGUGGAACGUUUAUGCGGGUUUGAGGCCAUCGCGUAUUCAAGAUAUUCCAACUACGCUUAUGCAAAUGAUUGAACGCUGCUGGCAGAAAAUACCGAAUGAAAGGCCAUCUAUCAAGGAAAUCCGAAAAGUACUUGACAUACUUUGCCGGAUGUAUCCAAAUUCCAGUGAACCGUUGACGUAUUUUGAAAUUUCCUCGAAGCAAACGAAAAAUGUCACUGAUGAUGAGAAUGGCAUUGGCAAUGUGGUAUGUGAUACAACCAAAAGGAAAAUAAUUGAGUCUGACCAUGAAUUAUCAUCCGACUUGGUAGAGGAGAUUGAAACACUGAAGAAAAAGACAUUUGUUGCAGAAAAACGAGCAGAUUUUCUAGAUGGAAUUGAGCGUGACCGUCUGACGAAGAUUGUCCUCACACUUGCCGAGACAUUUUGGGAGACUGUCGACAAGGACUCGAUGAAUGCGAAGGCAUUUCUAAAAUUAGUUCAUGAAACUCUCAACAAUUACAUGGAUCUGGAUGUUCGCGAGAAAGCUUAUCAGUUUGCAAUUAUCACCUCGUUUAUCAUUGGCGCUGUGCCAUUUGUGGCAUUGAUAGCACUGACACCAACUGUAAGCCGAUAUAUCAGCACUGUCAAUCAUCAGCUUCAAAAUGAUCUCUUUUUCUGUGAGGAAACUGCGUUUAAUUUUUACGAUUACGUGAGUACGAAUAAGAACCAUGACGGGAAUCGCGGUGAGUCGGGAAAUAAAACGAACAGUGUUGCGGGGCUUGAUACCAUCUUCGAAUAUUUGGAUUGCUCUCAGAAUUUCGAGAAAUGUCAGGAAAGGUGGCUACAGUCUAGUCGAAAAGUGCGAAGUCUACCGAUUAAAAUACAGGAAGAAGUGCCAACAGCAGCAACUUUUCUCGUUAAGUAUCCAACGGAUAGAGCCCAGUCGGAACAAGUGUCCGACCAACCAAACGAAGUGACGGUGGCGGAAGUUGAUUUCAAACAAUCCAUUAUGAGCACAAUGGCAGAGGAUUCCGGUGACGCACGGCAUAAUGCUGCCAUGGUGGCCACGGAAUAUGACGAUAACAGUGCAGACUUGCAACCGGAAUCGGCACACUUCCAUGCUUACAGAUUGACGUCUUCGACUAAAAAGCAUCUUCAAGGAUUAUCGGUGACAUCUGCACCUGUGACACAAACUGUGCAGUACAGCAUGACCGGAAGAAGUGGAGGUGAUCGAGAAUGCAGGUGCACUGCUUUACCUGGGCCCAAAGGCAUGCCCGGCCGAAAAGGACUUAAAGGCAUUCCGGGUACACAGGGAGCUCCCGGAUUUCCGGCACGUUUGCCUUGCGAACCACCAGUUGACUUAAAAAAGAUAUGUGCUGAUCCAUGUCCAGUUGGCGAACAGGGGAAACAAGGACCAACGGGUCUACCGGGAGAUAAAGGUGCUACAGGAAUCCCCGGUGUCCACGGCAAAAAUGGUGAGGAUGGAAAAAUCGGCCCUCCAGGGCCAAGAGGUCCACCAGGAAUUCCAGGAUUGGAUGGAGAUGUAGGUGAACCAGGGAUUGAUGCAACGCCGACGCCAUUCAUUCCAGGACCUCCUGGUCCAAGCGGUGAGGUUGGGCCUGUCGGACCACCUGGACCGCGUGGAAUGCCUGGAAUUGACGGACCACCAGGACCAAUAGGUAAACGUGGGCCUCCAGGUGAAGAUGGUUUACCCGGAAGUCGAGGGUCUCCAGGACUACCGGGACCUAUUGGAAAAGUUGGUCCAGAUGGAAACGUUGGAGUUUGUCCAACGUAUUGUGCAACGGAUGGAGGUGUGUUCUUUGUUAAACCUCCGGAAUGGUUCGAAGAUUGA